CAAAUCCGAUUGGCGAGCGGACGGGUCGACUACAAUUCACCAAAGGGCGCCGCUGCUGCCCCAUGGGAAAUGUAGUUUUUUAGUCUCCUUUCGGUUGCCUGGUGACGAGUUGAUCCCCCGGCAGGGCGCGCGGUUCAGUUUCAGUUGGACGUAGAAAGACAGGAAGAAUAUUCUGUGCACGCGGUCCUGAGAGUCGUUAUCCUGACUGUAAUUAAACCCGGACCGCGAUCGGGACAGAGGGCAAGGUGGUCGCUGGGAGACACUCAGCCCACUGCCGUGUAACCAGCCUUCAGCGAGAGAGCCAUGAAAUCCAGCGCCUUGUUCUCCAAUCAGAACCCGUUUCCAGCAGUGCCGGGAGGCUCCAGGAAGCACUACCACCCUUCCCGGGAGACGAGGGUGCCCAGGCAGCAGCAGCGACAGGCGAUCCUGAGCCCCCUGCGGAUCCAGAAGUCCCCCUCUUCCCCCUCCAGCCCCCAGCAGCCCCUGAGCCCGGCCGACGCCAGCUUCCUGGCCGCUGCAGACCUGCUGCUGCAGGGGAGGCAGGUCCCGGACCACCAGGCCAGCUUUGACGAGUCCUGGCCCUCCACCGAGCACAGCUCCCAGGGAUCGGACACCACUGGGUCCCCUGAAAGCACUGCAGCACCGCGGGCAGCCCUGGCAGGAAAGCCCCAGGCUACAGACAUGAAAGCUGGGGCUCAUGAUGAGUCAGUGCUGGCCAGGUACAUCGAGCGCUUCCGUCACGGGCGUCCCCAGAGCCGCGAGGACCGCGAACGCAGGGCUGCGAUUGGUGGAGAGGGAAGAGCGUUCUGGUGGCUGGAGACCUCCCCUCCCUCCAGCUCCACUCCCACACACGACCCCAGGGAAGGUCCUGCUCCCGUGCGAAGGACGGGCUGCUCUCCGCUCCAGUCUCCCCCCUCUUGUUCCAGAUCUGCUCUGGGAGACACAGGGCUGAGCUCCCCGGAGCGCUCCGAUGUUUCCCGCUCUGAUCCUGGGGAUCCUGAGAUAUUCCAGCUGCAGGAAAAGGCCCAGCGCUUGGUGCAAAGAAGUGAGUCCUCGCUCAGCGGCAGCUCCGCCCCAGUGAGUUCAGAGGGUGUGGGAUCGUCCAGCCUCUCCUCCCCAGUCAGCGCAGAUGAGCCAGUCCGUGGGCCUAGGGUUCCCAGUCUCAUCGAACCUACCACAGGUGCUUUGAGUGCCGCUCGGCUGCCCCGUCUCUCUUUGUCCCGCGCGCGGCCGGAGGAGGAUAUCCUGUUCCAGUGGCGUCUGCGCAGAAAGAUGGAGCUGGCCAGGGAGCCGCCUCCCCUGCUGCUGCCCAGGAGAGGGUCCCACCCUCCCACCGCCAGGCUCCCUCGCUGGGAGGAAGAAGACAACGAAGAUGCCGGCCCGCCUCGCAGGCUCCCCCCCGGGCUGGAUGAGGUGACCCCAGAGAGCCGGAGAGGAAGAGCAGCCCCGCAUCGCCCAUGCUUCCCCGUGGCCAGCCCUUCACUGUGCGAAGGCAGCAGCCAGGGAGAGAGACGGACCGCUGUCCCUCCUCACCUCCACCUGCAGUGUGACGUGCUGCCCUGCACACACCACGAGGCAGGGGCCUCGGGCAGCAGAGAGCAGCCUGGAGAGAGGGACUGGACCCCCUACCCCAGCGAGGAGGCAAGCUCCUUGGAAACAAACUGUCUAAGCACCUCUGAGGAUCCCCCCUCCUCUGAUUCCCAACCCCCCCAGCAAAGGCAAGCGACAAGCGCAGAGUCCAGGAGCAAGGAGAGGGAGCGAGAGGCAUCGGUCUGGACUGCUGGAGGGAGCGAGGGAAUCGCCUGCAAGAAACAGCCCAAGAAGGGAGAAGGGAGGGAGAGCAGCGGCGGAGCAGCCAGCAGGGAGACCAGGAUCAGGACCAAGGCUUUGGGGUCUGCCCGGGAACUGUCCAGGGGGAAAAGUGGGCAGAAGGGCAGGCUGAAGGAGGGGAGGAAGGGAGAGGAGGCCGCCCCACCGUCUCCCAUUCAAAGCGUUUUGGGACAGGUCGUUUCAGAGAGACUCUUCUCCCCUUCUCCGUCGCCCCCUCCGAAACCCCUGGACCUCCCCCGAAGAGGCGUCCCGUACCGUAGCACCCCCCCUCGGCUUCUCCCAGAGCCCCCCACCACCCCGGGGCCAUCGCGCAGCGCGUCGGGAAGUCUGGCGGAGGUCCAUUUUAUUCUGACUUAG